AUGGCCGGAGACGAACUCCCGCCGGCCGAAGCUGCCGAAGCCGCCACGCUCCAAGCUGUAGCUAACAGCAUCCUGUCCGUCUUGGAAAUCAGUCCGCUCGCGCUCUCCGACGACAAGGUUCGCAGAGUGUUGGCCGUGCUGGCCGCAACGCAACGCGAGUGGACGACGGCCGCGACGCUCCACCAGCCCGAGAAACUCCGCGCCGCCAACGAGGAGAUAGACAGCCUGGGCUACAUACUGGUGGAGAAGCGGGCCGCCAUGAACCUGCUGCUGUGCAACGUGCGCCGGAAGCAGACGUGGAUUGACACGCUCGAGGGGCGGGUGCUGGACACCGAGGCCGUGGUUGAGAGCCAGAGGCGCUGCAUUGAGGGGCUUGAAGAUGCCGUUCGGGAUCUGAGGGCGGUAUGUGACAGUGUUUUAUUCAGGCUUCGCUGGCUGCCAGUAAAAAUAGCGAACUCCCGGUCGUCAAAGCUCCUCGUUGAGCCAGGGGUGGUCGAGGAGCUGCUUGGGCGUCUUCCGGUCCUCGGGCCUCCAUCGGACCAUACUCCACACCAGGUCCUCAAAAGAGUCGUUCUUGAGCGUGGGCUCAUGCUUCUGGCCGGUACAUUCCAUGCGCGGAAUCCCUGUAAUAAUAUCAAAGCUUCGGUUAGCGACUCACAAACAAAGCGAUGGGGGAAGCUUAUUGGUCUGAACAAGACAAUGUAG